AGUCAAAUUUUAGACGGAAUCAGACGCAGUUGCUCUAUACUGUUGUCCUCUACCACUUGCCGUAGUAUAGCUCACUGAUGUCACACUGGCGGUUUUUUUGCACUUUGAGACGGAUAUGUACCUAUGAUAUGUGCCGAUAUGUAUACAGUAAACUAAGUCUCAGCAACAGCAAGCAUUAAUCAGCCUUUUCCAGUUUUUCAGUGUAUAAGUUGAUCCUACUUGAGUGAACGUGACUUUAUGAUGAAUGGGGCUCGCUUCCUGGAGAUUCUGGCUCACCUGGGUUACCCAGAAGCCUCUUCCCUGAAUCCCUCAGAUUUCGACAACAUCUUUGACGGUACACCAGAGAACAAGGAGUUCAUGCAAUUCCUCAGCAGUCUGAGUUCUCAGAAUGUCCUGUCAGAGGAAGAAUACCAGGCUUACCAUGCCUUAGAGGCAUCUGGUAAACCCAUCCUGACCGAGCAAGUCCUGGAGGAGAUGGAGCUCCUGAAAGGUCCUGCAGGGCCUGAGGAGAACAGUGGAGAUGAGGAGAACAGUGAGGAAGAUGAACUGAAGGGUAGGAGCGUGGAGCAGCUGCAGGUGGAGCUGGAGGAGCUGCGCAGACACCAGCGCUUGAGGCAGAAGCGCCUGCAUCAGCUGCAGUGCCUGAGGCUCGCGAGGGACGACCACGCCUCGGCCGUAACGGGCUACACGCAGAGCCAGUCCCACAGUGAGGGCGACGAAGGAGGGGACACAGUCAAGGCUAUCGCCAGGGAGAACAUGGCCACCAACGCUGCGCUCCAGGACCUGAAGGAGGAGGUGGACAGGCUGCAGAGGCUCACACUGAUGAACGAGGAUGAAGCGGGGCGGCAACAGCAGGAGCAGAUGAUGAUGGAUCCGAGCGUGAUGCCUUCAGCUGCUUUGCUCUCCCAGCUUCCGUUGGAGCCGUACCUACACAAGUCACAUCUCACCCAUCAGUGCAUUAUGGAUCACUACAAGGCGAGAUCUACCCUGCUGGAAGAAAAGCAAGGGGUGGAGAAGAAGGUGGUGGAUGGGGGAGAGGCGCAGCACCUCCACACCAGGAAUGAGAUGGGCAAGCUGCAGGCGGCACACAUGCUGCUCCAGGGACAGCUGCUCCAGGCGCGAGCAGAGGAGGCUGGAGCCAGCGCUGCCAAGGAGUGGCUCAGCCAGCAAAGGCAUUCAAACGUAAAGCUGUCGGCCCCCGACCCUGACAGCGGCCCUGCCGUAGCUAAGGAGCGCGUGUGCUCGGCACUGUGGCGGCGCACCCAGCAGCUGUGUGCCGGCGUGCUGAGGGGCCACACGGUGGAGCAGGGGGAGCUGGCGGCGCAGCACGCACGCCUGCAGGAGCGUCUGCUGGGGGAGCUGCUGUGGCAGAAGGCCCAGCUGGACCUCCUCCAGUACGCGCUGCAGCAGGAGCAGCGUGGACACACGCAGGCGGCCGCCCACAUACGGAGCCUGGCGCUGGGGCUGAGGGAGGAGGCGACGCGGGCCGCCGAGCGCUCCAGAGGGCUGGAGCGGCUGCAGGAAGAUGCUCCGCAGGCUGACCCCGUCCUCAGCUCCACUGACCCCACAGUAAAGAGGUUACUACAGGUGUGCGAGGCUCUUGAGAAGACAGACGGCUGGUUGGCUGGUGCGGCCGACAUCGGCACUGUGGCCUCCGAGCGUCAGGCCGAGCUCCAGCAGCUGGCCGAGGCCCAGAGCGAGGCGGUGUCCGAGCAGCUGCAGCUGGUGUCGGGCCUGGAGAGGGACGGCAGGCGUCUGGAACAGUGGCUGGAGCCCCCGCAGGGCACCGCGGCGUCCGCCUCUCCAGCCGCCACCCCCUCCCAGCUCUGCCCUAGUGCACGGGAGUUGACUCAGCUUGUGCGGGAGCUGGAACAGCAGUGUGGCGCCCUCUACAGGCAGCUUCAGGAGGUGACGGCAGACCGAAGCUCCAAAUGCACCAAGGUGGAACGCAGCGCCACCCUCAGGAGAGAAAGGGAACUGUACACUCUUUUCCACCUGGAUCCUGCCACUCUCAUUCGAGUGGUGGAGGACCAGGAGAACCGAGAGUAGAACAUGAGCAGCAGCAGGCCCAUGCCUGCACUGAAAGGUGCCCUCUGAAUAAGCUCAUUCACCUCAAUUAGAAGAACUGCUCAGGUUACUGCACCAGCAUACUGUUGGUGAUGGGAAUGGAUUUUUAGAUUUUGUAAUGAUAAGUUUAUUCUGUUAAUUCACAAGUUAACUGACAUUCGCCUGAAGACGUUUCUGACUAGAAUAUGGCCAUGUGAAUGAACUCUUUCUUCAUUUUUCCAUCACACUGGCUCUCUGAGGUGUCACUGAGCUGACUGAGACAGUGAUGAAAAAGGUGUUGAUAAUCAUACCAAAUGAGGAGAUGAAAUUGUUGGCUUAUAUAUGGCAAAGUUCUUAUAUUUUCAUUUUUUACGACGUCAGUUGAUUCAUGUCCUUAAUGAGUUCCACAUGAAUUGUGUGAAUAUUAACAUACCAUGAAAUGCUAAUUUGUAUACUACUUAUGUUUCCUGACAAAGUUUCGCAUUUCGUAGUUAUUGACUUAAAUGAUAAUGCAUUUUAAUGAAUUUCAAUGUAACAGAAAUGAAAAGAUAACUAAACAAUUCUAAAGACCCAAGGCACAGUCCCUUGUC